AUGGCAGUUGCAUCAGCUACUCUUAAGUCCAUCACUUCCUUUGUGAAGGCAUUGCCCACCACCACCACCACCACCACCACCUCCGCCGCUCCUGACCACCUGUCUUUCAAGAACUUUGCCAUCCCGUUACCUUUGAACAAACUUUCCAUCACCGCAGCUUCCGCCAAAUGCAGAUCAUUUACCGUCAAGAGCCAGAUUAACCCAUCGGAAUCAUCAAGGCCCACAAAAGUACAACAACUGUGUGUGUAUGAGAUUAACGAAAGAGACCGUGGAAGUCCGGCGUAUCUCCGGUUGGGCCAAAAACCGGUCAAUUCGCUCGGUGAUCUUGUUCCAUUCACCAACAAAGUGUACAGUGCUGACCUUCAGACGAGAUUAGGGAUCACCGCCGGAAUAUGUAUUCUGAUCAAGAACAUACCGGAGAAGAAAGGUGACAGGUAUGAAGCCAUUUACACUUUUCACAUGGGUGAUUACGGCCAGAUAUCGGUGCAAGGAGCUUACUUGACCAUGGAGGAUACCUACCUUUCUAUUACCGGCGGAACCGGGAUAUUUGCCGGAGCUUACGGUCAAGUCAAACUGCAACAGCUGGUUUUUCCCUUCAAGUUGUUCUACACCUUUUACUUGCAGGGUUUAGCUGAUGAUCUGCCGUCGGAGUUGCUUGUAACCCCCGUUCCUCCGUCACCGGCGGUGGAGGCGUCGCCGGCCGCCAAGGCUUGUGAACCUGGUGCCACCAGUCCAAACUAUAGCGAUUAAAAAGUGAAGCUCUAGUAUUCUCACCUCCUAAAGUUUUGAGGAAUAAAGUUUAUUUGAA